ACAGGUAGACAUGAUGAAGCCCCAAUUUGUCGGAAUCCUGCUCUGCACACUGCUGGGGGCUACCUUGGGAAACCGCAUGCGGUGCUACAACUGUGGUGGAGGCCCCAGCAACUCCUGCAAAGGGACUGUGACCAUCUGUGGCGAGGGUGAACGUUGUGGCUUCCUGGAACGCAAACCCCAACCAGGCCUGGGACAGAUCAAACUGUCUGAGAACCCCUCAGCGACCCUGAGUCAUCACCAUCCAGCCUGUGUGGCCACCCAUCGUUGCAACCAAGUGGAAACAGAGUUGGUGGGAGACGUGACUUAUACAACUCACAGGAACUGCUGCUUUGGAGACCUAUGCAACAGCGCCGUGGCAAGCACAGUGGUCCCAGCAUGCAUCUUGGUUACAGCAGCCACCACCCUGAUCUGGCUCUUGCCAGGACUAUGGAGCGGGUAGUGGGAGUAGGGGUAGUCAAGGGAGCAAGGGAACAAGGGAGUUCUGAACA